CACAGACCGGAAAACUCUACCCCAGGUGUCACCUAUGAUUGACAGGUCAUUAGCCUAAUUAGCUAUGUGUAGUGGAAGCUAGGUGACCUGCCGACCUCGGCUUUUUGGACUAUACACGGAAAGACUACCACAGCAGAAACCCGUCAACUUUGCCGGAUUGUCCUUGAUAAAACUUCCAGAGAGGAACCGGACAUUUAUAUUCUGUGGGCAAUUGAACUGCUCAACACAAAACAAACUGAGCUAGUAAACAAAAUGUAAUGCAAGAUGCGUCGCAGCGUGGCACCUCCAUUGUUGGCAUUUGGUGGAGCUCAGCACCUGGUAUGAAACGUCCGUUCAGCCCAUCAGCUCUGCCAAACACUGAGCUGGACAGGAGGGGGUUUGGCGCCACGCUGGGAGUUCAGAUGGACGUUGAGCCUUGUUGCGACGUCCAGGAUGAGGGUGCAGUACCGGAUGAGCAGUCACCAGGGGGCGCCCUGCCUUCUGCACUCUACAGACCCAAAAGGGAGAGAAAGCAACGGAGCUACACAUUGUGUGAGGUCUGCAACAUCCAACUCAACUCAGCCGCACAGGCCCAAAUUCACUACAACGGCAAAUCCCACCAGAAGAGACUCAAGCAGAUCAGCAAUGGCAAGAUGCCAAGCAACACAGGUACAUCGGCCCAGGGCAGCCCCCUCCUGGCUUCCCUCCCCGUCCCAGGACGGCCUCUGCAGCCUCAGCUCGACCUCAAACACCUCCUGCCCUUCAGACUCAAUGGAUCCUCCCCGCUCAGCCUCUUCCCUAACUUUAAUACGAUGGACCCUGUCCAGAAGGCAGUGAUCAACCACACAUUUGGUGUCCCUCAGCCCCUCAAGAAGAAACAGAUUAUCUCCUGCAACAUUUGCCACCUGCGCUUUAACUCAACAAACCAAGCAGAAGCCCACUACAAGGGCCACAAGCACGCCCGGAAACUCAAAGCCAUGGAGGCCCAGAAGAACAGGCAGCGACGAGCCGGGGAGGCCUCAUCCACAGGGAGGGAGAGAGACCGAGACAGAGACCGGGAACGAGACAGAGACCGGGACAGGAACAAGACAUCAACGUCCGAGGCAGCUCUUCCUGCGCUCAUGGAUACAAGCUUAGUGGAGGGAACAAGUCUUCAAACUGAUCUAGAACCACCGAACCUGGAGGCCAAGCUCGAGGAGAGUCCCAGGAGCUCAGUUAUGCUGACUCCAGUUUCCGAGGUUUCCUGUGUUGAGUUGGUCACCCUCUCCCCUCCUCAGAUUUCGCCUUCCUCACAGCUCUCUGAAACUGCCUCAGACACCAGCGCCCCCGAAGCCCCAGAGGCCGCUGAGGCCGCCGAGGCCACAGGCCUGACCGCUGAGUCAGGCAGCCACGCAGACACAUCCAGCACAAAUGGGGAGCCGCAUACGGAUGAGGACAAGGACCCCAAGAAGAGCAAGGCUCACCUCCAUUGUCCUGUUUGUAAAGUGACCGUCAACUCCCUCUCUCAACUGGAAGCACAUAACAGCGGUACAAAGCACAAACUAAUGCUGGAAGGCCACAGUGUUCUGCCACGACGCAGGGGGAAAGUGGUGGCAGCUCGCGCAGGGUGCAAGAGCAAGCGGCUGGGCAGCAAAGGCAGCGUUGGGGUGCCCAGCAAGAACUUCCAGUGUGAAGUGUGUGAGAUCUUUGUGAACUCUGAGACUCAGCUGAGCCAGCACAUGAAUAGCAGAAGGCACAAGGAUAGGCUGGCCGGAAAACCACCCAAGCCCAAAUUUACCCCCCACAGCAAGAGCCAGCCAAGCUCCAGCUUAGCGAACGUGAGAUGGAGUGGCUAUGCAGGCGUGGCUGUGUCUGCCAUGAAGAAAGCGUUCAGCCAGUACAACCUCACCUCCCUCUCCUCGCAGACCAAACUGGCCUUGCAGAAGCAGCUGACCAAGAGCUUGACAACUGGCUUCCUGCCCAGCCCCCUCACCCCGCCAACUCUGUGCACAGUGGCAACUAACCCACUGGCUCUGCGCCACCCAGUGGGCACCACCACCUUCAUCCAGACCCCAUUCCUGGGCCCUGCACUGUUUCGGCCUGCCCCGGGGCCGCUGCGGGCUACACACACACCCAUCAUCUUCUCCCCCUACUGAAAGACUUAACCCGCCUUCCAUUUGAGCUCCUCCCCUGUCCCCUUACCAAACCCCAGGCCCGACUCUAGUGUGACCCACAUGACAAAGGCCACACGCAAACUAUGCAGCCCACCUGACUUCAGAUGGAAACAGUGCACAAAUCCUAACACUCAGUAGGCCCGUGAGGCCUGAGAGCUGUUCCUAUCAUAAAGGCCAAGAUCCCCUAUCAUGCCUUCUUUUCUGCUCCUCUUAUCAUGACCUAAGGAGCAGGACAGGCCUCCAGACAGUGACUGGUGCACAGAGGCCGCUUUUAUAGCCAUUUCAUGGGUCAACAUGGUUUGGAUUAUGGAUAUUAUUGUGUAAUUUAUUAGAGAACAAAUAUAGACAAGUCUAGAUGUAUGUUUAGUGUGGUUGCCACAAAAUAAGGUCCCUUUACUUGAUGCUCUUUUAAAAUGUUUUUAACUUAUUGGUUGUGGGGUUUUAUGAAAGGCGGGAUGAUCAAACAGUAGGUCAUUAAAACAGCUGAAACUGAGGUACACUCCUGUAUGACUGGACAAACUAAGGAUAGUCCGCAGUCAGAGGCUGUCACGUUGCAUCUUGGAUAUGGCCAUUAUCAAACAACUCUGAGCAAGGACCCCUUCUCAACUUUAAAUAUGAGUCCUCUUUGUGGGCGGUAUGUGGUUCUAUAACUACAUUCUGUAUGUCCAUAUGCUAAAGCCCCAUUAGCACCAUGUUGCACCUCCAGCCCUCUCCCACACACUGUUUCCCUGAGCCAUAAAAAACAUUUCUUCCUUUCUUUCUUUCUGAGUCACAGCCAUAGUCAUAGCCCUCCAGAUUUUUUUUUCCUCUCCUGUAUCCCCAGGAUUAAGCACUCAUUAAGGUCCAGAAAAGGUCAGCUUGUCAACUUGACUUUGUUUCAAUUUGCAAAUCUGUCGUCAGAAUGAUUUUUUUAUUUGCUCCAGUGACAUCAUUUGCGCAAUGCAGCUUGAACAUCAUGUUCUCUUCAAGCUAGCGGCAUUAAACCUUUUUUUUUUGCAGCCACGGAUGUCUUACGUUGCAAAAUGCCAUCAUUUCUCUCCCUCUUGUAACUUACUCUUUUUUUCUUUUCCUUCCUCCUUCACCCCGCUGUCGUCACCUCACUGUUGCCCUUGAUUUUCUCUGGUGUUAUCUCAGCAUGAGAUGAUGAGGAGCAGGGAAAGCCCCCCUCCCACCCUCCUCCAACGCACGCACGCACACGCAAACACACACACAGUGAAAACACAAUGGAUAACUUGAAGACUUGAUGGGAUUUCAGAGCUCAGUGAAAAGUUCGGAUGACAGUGGGUGGGGAGGCUGCUCAGCCAGUACUUGAUUGACAUCCUCUUGCAGUGUCUGCGCACAGCGUGGGAGGGAACAAAGAACAGUGCCAUGGCAACCACAUUAAAAGCACCUUAAAACUGAUUUACUUACAAAAGCAAUGAAAAUUGUGUUGAUAUUCACCUUUUUUUGCUCUAGGUGUAUGUUUUUACAAUCCCAUGUCAAUUUCAGUGAGAUUUUUGCUUUGAAGAAAAAAAAAACAAUCAGGUGAGAAUGAUCACUUUAUGGUUUAUCCAUGACUUAGACAAGUCUCACAUUUAAAGCAAUACAUUCGAUAUGUUUAUGUUUAUGAUGUGUUUUCAAUGUGUCAAUGGCUUUAUCUAUUCUAUACUGUACACACCUGUAACAAUGUAUUAUGUACUCCAACACAGCCAAGGGCCAACUCUGAAUUGUCAGUGAGGAGUCAUUUGAAAUGAUGGGUUGUCCUGACGGUGCUGCCCUUGAUGCUUGAUGCUCAUGGUCAGUCUUCACAUGUUGUGACUCUGGGGCUGAGCCGUUCCAUUUAUAGCUGCUCUCGCUGCUGCGAAGAGAGGGUGCUUCAGCGCCAUAUGACAUUGCUGUUUCACUUUUUAGUGGAGCGGGAGAACUUUUGUACGACUUCCACUGAGCAAAACAACGUUACGUCAGAGACAAGUGUUCGGGAUAAGUGUCACAAGUGCAACAUCAGCUGUCAUAUUGCUGUUCAUGCUUGUGUGCCGUCUCCACCCGCCCUCCCACCCAGGAUAUCUUACUAACACUCAACCCUCCCUCUGCCAAAAAAUUGACUGUUGGCAAGGUCUCAUAAGGACUAGGAGUGCGCACAUCAUCCUCCCUUCAACACUCAUACCAAAUCAUGUUCUCUUGAAUUACAGUAAUGGAGCAAAUCCUAUGCAUUUCUCAUUGUGCAAUAUGUAUAGUUGUCUGUGAUGCAGCAGUGCCAUCUGUCGUGAAAACCCUGUAAUUGCCAUCCAGUACUAGUGCUUCUACAAGAUCUUUUGAUCCUAUGUACAUUUCUGUUUAAGGAAACCCCAAGUCUUUCUGGGUAAGCGAAGCCACCGGGUCUCCCCGCCAUACCGAUGUGAUUCUCCCCAGUCGCACUACUCAGUGAACCAGCCAGCCUUUAAUCUUCACUGUUCUGUUUGUUUGUUUCUAUCGCUCAGUGGGAACUCUGACCUAAAGAACUGAAACUUUUUCUUAAAAUAAAGAAUCUAGAGAAGGCAAAUUAUAUGUAGAAAUCAUAGAGUAACUAUAGAGAUUUUAUCAGAGUUGCUAUUGUUAUCUGUAUCACGAUGAACUGCUAUCAUAGAAGAGAGUAGAUUAUGUUAUUGUAGGCUCUGUACGGCAUACAGGGAAAGGAAAAAAUGCUUUGCUUUCUUUUUUUGUUUGUUUGUUUAUUUACGUGAUUUUACCAAUAUGUUUUUUUAAAGGACAAGAGAAAAUAUUUAAAACAAAUUUUUUUUGAGUGAGCUUUUUUUCCUCCUUGUUGACGGUGUCUGAGUUAAUAACGUUAUUCAAGGCCUUUUUAAGACGAUAUCCUAAAGUCACAUUAGCCAGGCCUUCUCAGGGGUGACAGGUUGAGCAAACAUGACCAUCCAUUCAGGGUAUCCCUCCAUGGCUCUAGAGAGCAGGAAACACUGUACGCAUGGAUGGAUUGACAAAAAAAAAAAACAAAAAAAAACAUAGUGCUAUAUAUUAGAGAGGACAAGGGAUGGAUUUUGGAAAAUAAAGCUUUUAGAACUUGUAAAA